UUGGCAUUGUCAACCGCGGAGUCUACCGUUCACCUGUUACAAAAAGAAAACUGGUCACAUCGAUGUAGGUAAAUUAGUUUAUGAAAGCGUACAGGCAUCGAAGGAUCAGUCAAUCUUUUUUGAAGUACUGUUAAAACAGUUCUGCUAGGAAAGUAUUACAGUCCUGGUCAAGUACGACACUAGUUACGAUACAAUGGUUACACAUGGAUGUACCCGUUAUAUAGUCUAUUGAGGACCGUGAGAGACCGAGUGUCUACUUGUGAAACCAAGUAGUGAUAACACUAGAGACAAAUUUACACUUUGGUACAGUUAAAUACACAGUGGGAGAAGUAGAUAAUUGUCAACAAUAGUUUAUUAUCACACGUAAAACUCCAGAUGACGGAAAAUAUUAAUUAUCAACAGUCGUACGAGGAGAAUAGACGCCGGAAUACGACCACAACUGUUUAUUCACCCCAAAAUGAAAACAGAGAUUCCAGAUCUACUGGGGAAAUUCUGGAACAACAAGGUCAAUAUGCUUCUGGAAUAAAGCCUUACUAUUAUGGAUAUCCGUAUAUGAGUUCAGAAUCUCAUCAUCCGUCCAGAUCCUUACUGCACACGGAUUCGUCUCCGGAAAUCAAUUCCCGGGAUGAAAUUGAAGAAGAUACUCAGAGUACAUCAGCUAACUCUUCUCCGAGAAGUCGACAAAUGUCUCCUCGGAAUUCUAUCGAAGCCGUCAGCGGGCCUAGUUAUGCAUGUCUGCAGCCUGCUAGCAUCAGUUCCAUGCAGGGAUUUUUUCAGCAUCCAUUUCAGGGUCAGUACCAGGAAUAUUCAGGCGAUUCUUCCGCUCAACCCGUCCCAGCGGAACAGAUCCAGCAGUACUCAAACUAUCAAUACGGCUAUGGGGAGGCUGAGGCGAUGUCCCACCCGAGUCAUCCGUAUCCCCGGGGGUAUAACGGAAGUCCUCCCUCCCAUCCACAUCCAAUUGCUCAUACCCCGUGCAACUUUAUCGCCCUGUCCCCGGGGAUGACGAUGGCGCCUGGCGGUCAGACCGGAGAGAGCCUUUCCCCUCAGGCCCAGAGCCGAUAUCAAUCCCCAGACGGACAAGAGGCGUGCGUCAACCUCUGCAACAGGGACCUUUGGGCAAAAUUCCACGCUCAUACCACAGAAAUGAUCAUCACGAAACAGGGCAGGCGGAUGUUCCCGACACUUCAGUACAGCCUUACUGGACUCUGUCCGUCCAAGUGCUACAACGUGUUUGUAGAUAUGAUUAUCGCAGAUCCUCACCAUUGGAAGUUCCAGGGGGGCAAAUGGGUGGCGAGCGGUCAAGCGGAACCACGCCCUCAAACUGGUCGUGUUUACCUACAUCCGGACUCGCCGAGCUCUGGAUCUCACUGGAUGAAACAAGUCAUAGCCUUCAGCAAACUCAAACUCACCAACAACAAAAACAGCUCGCAGGGACUUAUUGUGUUAAAUUCCAUGCAUAAAUAUCAGCCGCGUAUUCACGUUAUUGAGGUUGGAACGUGCGGAUUGAAUGACCAGAAGAACCUACAGACGCAUGCGUUUCCGGAAACACAAUUCAUUUCCGUCACAGCUUAUCAAAACACUGACAUCACUCAGCUCAAGAUCGACCAUAAUCCAUUCGCAAAGGGAUUUCGAGAAAAUUAUGAGGGACGAUACUUUGAUGACUUCAAUCCACUAAACAAAUAUCAACGGAUAUCACAAAACCCACCUGUCUGCGGACCGGGGAUGAAUGGAUCCGGAACUCACAUGUUACAUGUCGCUAAAUCCAAUACUUACCAGCCGGAACAGUUCUCAAAUGGGAGAAUGGCGUUCCAGUCCUCUCAAGUUCUUGGUGAUUCUAUCGGAAACGGAAGUUUCAACCAGGUAAUAUCUCCACGUAUGAAUACCACCGAUGGUAAUAUGUACUAUAAUAACUCCACAGCGAUUGCAAAUAUAAAUCGUUCACGAUAUGAAAUGAAAAGCAACUGCAUUGAACAGGACAGAGAGGAACGUAUAAAAUGUGAGCCAGAGACUGAUGGUCAAGCCUUAACACUGGAACAAGACAACAAACGCGAGUCUUAUGACCUCGCUAACAGUCAUUGCAUGACCAAAGAAACGUAUGCAGAUGAAGAUGACGGAUACGAGUUACCAAGGAAAAGGCAGCGAAUAUCAUCAGAGAACUCACAUGAACAGAGAAAUGAGUCACCAGAUCCGGAGAAGUUAAACAGAAUCUAUGCUGAUUCUCAGAGAGGACUUUGUGUGAACGGAGGAAAAUUUGGAGAAUUCAUCCAAUGUUCGAAUGUCAAAGUAGAACAAUAUGCUGACUAUCAUCAUACAUCACAGUUCCAGGAAUUAAGUCGACAGGACAAUUCGGUUGUAUACUGAAUACAGCAAACUCAUCAGGUAAAACACAUCAGUUCAUAUCGAAACAAAUUAUCAGAAAAUAAAUAAUGAAAUAACAAUUUUGAAGAACGAACAUUUCGAUAAACUUCUUAAUUCUUACUACUAAGGAGGUAUCCCCAUCUGAUUAGAUCUAUUCAUGAUUUCAUUACUAUUGUGUAGUACUGUAUAAUGGUUAACAGUUUGCGGUCGUCCUAGGCGGAACUAUUUAGCGGGUAUUAAAUUUUGCGCAACACCGUCUUUUAACAAUCUGCAGCUAACAUCUGUAUAUAUAUAUAUAUAUAUAUAAUGUUUCGCUGUGUAUUUAUUUUCGUGUUAUAUUGAAAGACCGUGAAUAUAGUGAAAUUAAAGCCCUUGCGAAUAUUAGAAACUAUGCAGUAAACGCCAUAAAUAGAUCAUUUUAAUCCUAUUUAUUCGUACUCAAACAACUGGUACUAAUCAGAUAAAGGAGCGAACAUGGUAUUCUACUAUACGUGUAAUAGGUCAAACAAUGGUUCUCAAAUAUUUGUCUAAGAAAGCAACCAAUGUAUACAACUUACAUGUAUAUCCGUAUCCUAGCUCAUGGGUUCCAAUCAGUCAACUUUGCUCAAUAGGUAUAAUUAAGUGAGACAAUGAUUCGAUAAACUAAUCUCCCUCCUGUCUAAGUAAUCACUAAUCUAACUCCUUCCUGUUUAAAUAAUCACUAAUUUAACUCCAACCUGUUUGGUUUCAAGAGACUACGUCUAUUUCUGUCUAAAUAUGCAUGUUGGAGGGAAACUGGAAUAUAUAUGGAAAAUAUUUCUUGUAUAUACAGUUUAUAAUGUUUUCUUUGCCAGAAUGCAGUUAAGAAAGGGAACAAAAAUAAUUACCUCUGGUCUUAAAGAAAAAUAAGUUUUGAUAUGUUACUGAAAAUCGGGAGGAAACUUUGUUUUAGAUACGACGUACUCUCUGGAUUAUAGGCAGGCUUUUGAAUAAGUAACGAUUGCAUGAACAUGCAACAUGUUUAUACUAAACACUGUUGGUGCAUGGAAAUGGAAGAGUCCGUUUGUUUUAUUCAUCUUAUAUUUUUAUGCAUUUUCAUACAUAUGUAACAUAACAAAGAGGUCUAGUUUUACAAUGUGAAUAUGUGUUGUCAAAUCAUUUGUAAAUAUAAUCUUCUACUUGAUCGGGUUCAACCGUGUCUAUAGUGCAUAUUUGUUUUCUUAUUGAACAUUAUACACCGCAAUAUAUAUCCUUUUCUUUUACCCUCCUACCUCCUCUUCCAUUAGAAAUAAAUUACCGAAUGAAAUAAGUAAAUAAAUUAAUACAUAGAUAGCAGUAAUCAAUAGAAAGGACAGAUACAAAAAUCAUUUUAUCAUUUUUAAUAUGACUUAAACAUUUUAUCGGUUUAACCAUCAAAAUGAUAUAAAUAUUGACUUUAAUUGCAAAAUAGUAUUACUUCGUGCUUUUAAAGGUAUUUUAUUUGUAUAUAUUAUGAUAUGUAUAAUUUUAAGUUCCUUGUUUAUUGAUUUUAAAUGAUUUCCAUGCCCAUGCCCAUGCGCAGUAGGGAGCAUACCGUUUUAUUUUUUGUUUGUCCGUCCAUCAUAUUUGGUAAACAUGUUUUGCAGAGGUUUCAUGAAAUCGUUAAUAGAGGUAAAUGUGGAUAUGAUGAAAGUUCCUUUUUUGGCCAAACGUUAAUGCUGUUCAAUAUUGAAAAAUAUUUGUUAAUUUUCUUUGAUUGUUUGUCAUUGUAAUGUCAUGGAAUUCGGCUGAAUUUUGAAUUUAGUUCUACUUCCAUAAAAGUUGGAUCGGGGCAUACACAUUUCAUAAACGUAUUUCUCGUUUUGAGUUAUGCUAUUAUUGUUAAUAUGAUGGUUUAUAUUCAUAUUGUACGUUCUCGUCAUAUUCAAAUAAUAUUUGAUCAAUAAGCGUACACAAUUUAUUGUAAUGUUUUGGAAAUUCUUGCACUGCAUACUGUAAAAUAUUUUAUAUAAUGACAUUUGUUGUAUUCAGUGGAAUUUGUGAGGAAGAACUGAUCGAAAAGGUCAAUUUGUUUGUAUAGAAGUCCCGUUAUUGGUACUUAAUAUAUACAUAUAUAUUUAUUUUAACAUUCAUUGUUUGAGUUUUCUCGUUAUUGUUGUAUUUGUGUGUUGAAGAGUCAAACAGAGACACGUGCUAUUGUAAAAAUGAUAAAUUAACAAAAUACAUAUUUGAAGUCGUAAACGAGAAAACUCACAUUAAGUGAUCCCUCAAGUAAAAAUAUCUUGUUAAAUUCUGCCAAUGAGAAGAUAUACUGAGAAAUAUAUCUUGAAAAUUCUAACCAAGAUUUAGUAAUUUUUAUCAAUAAAGUAUAUAUAAGAAAUCUAGUACUGAUCAAAACACCAAUUAAAUCAAAAUUGACGGAUGUGGAAAUGCUGUUUGUGAGAAUUCAUCAAACAUUCUGCUCACGUGCUUGGAUAUCCGUCCUGAUGACAUUUAAUAGUGUAAUAAUUGAUUUAUAUGUUAUGUACAGCAGUAUUAGUUAAAUGUAUUAAUUUAUUGUGUGGGGAUUUUACGAUAUUCGUUGAUAGUUUGUCUUGAUAUGAAUAAAACUGUGAAAAUUGUAA